UCUACACUCCUCAGAACUGCAUUAUGUCUGCCGUACGGCCCUUGACAAGAGGUCUGCACCUCCUGGGACCCAGAUCGCUCUCCCAAACCACCUCGGCCGUUGCUAAUGGCUCCUCUCUCCUCCCGCGGCAGCUUGCUUCUCCGCGCGCCCUCCGCUCCCCGCUCGCUGCCCGCCCUUCUCCCCGUGUGAGCUCUGUAGCUUCCACCGGUGGUCUUCGGUAUGCUUCCUCCGGCUCUUCGGGUCCUGUCAAGAAGACGCAACUCUACGAUCUUCAUGCCGCCCGCGGUGCGAAGAUGGUGCCCUUUGCGGGGUACUCGAUGCCCCUGCAGUACUCCGACCUCAGCCAUGUGGAGAGUCACAAAUGGACCCGAGCGAAGGCAAGCUUGUUUGACGUGAGCCACAUGGUGCAACACCAGCUUAGCGGCCCUGGUGCGCAGGAGCUCCUGAUGAAGGUCACCCCGUCCUCCCUUGAUAAGCUCAAGGACAACCAAUCGACACUGUCUUGUCUGCUUGAAGAAGCUACCGGUGGCAUUAUCGAUGACCUUAUCAUCACCCGCCGGUCCGCAGAUACCUUCUACUUCGUCACUAACGCCGGUCGCCGCGACGAGGACCUAGCAUUCCUGGAAGCUGAGAUCGACGGUUAUAGGAAGAUCCACGGACCCGACAGCCUGAAGUGGGAGAUCCUCAGCGACCGUGCCCUCGUGGCUCUCCAGGGCCCCCUCGCCGCUCAGGCCCUGCAAUCACACAUCCACGGCGACGGGCCCGAGACCGACCUUAGCACCCUCUACUUCGGCAACUGCCGCGUCCUCCAUCUCACCCUGCCUAACGGCUCGCCCACUGCGCAUCCCCUUCUGAUCUCCCGCACGGGCUACACCGGUGAGGACGGCUUCGAGAUCUCCAUCCCCUUCACGGGCCACCCCGAGCUCCCCGCGCAAGUUACCGAGCUCCUCCUCUCCAACCCUGAGCAGGUGCGUCUCGCCGGUCUCGCCGCGCGCGACUCUCUCCGCCUCGAGGCCGGCAUGUGCCUGUAUGGUAACGACAUCUCCACUGCGCAAACACCCCCCGCUGCCUCCCUCGGCUGGGUCGUCGGCAAGGACCGCCGCGACCCUACCUCCCCGCUCUCCAACUUCAACGGCUCCUCCGCCAUCCUCCCCCAGAUCGCCUCCCCCUCCAAGACCCUCUCCCAGCGCCGCGUCGGCUUCACCGUCGAGAAGGGCUCUCCCGCCCGCGAGGGCGCCAUCAUCGUCGACAUUAACGACGAGUCACGCACCCAGAUUGGUGUCGUCACCUCGGGCCUGCCUAGCCCCUCGCUCGACGGCACUAAUAUCGCCAUGGGCUACAUCAAGCAGGGCAUGCACAAGAAGGGCACUGAGGUCGGGAUCCUCGUACGGAAUAAACUCCGCAAGGCCUCCGUUGUCGGUAUGCCCUGGAUCAAGAGCAAGCUCUAUCACGGCACCUAGAUUGACUUCUUGUGAUCUUUGUCCUUGCUUUGUCGGCGCUCGUUUUCUGGGUCUUAGUGCGUGAAAGGGACGAUGAAUGAGAUAGUUAGUAGUGUUGAUGAUCCCGAUAUAAAUAUUAUAAUAUCCUUUUUUUAUGCUCUUGUCUCAUGAUCCCUACGGGAUGGGAUGGAUUUGGUAUUUCAACAAACGUUGUUUCCAGCCUUAGUCAGGUAGUAUAGAUUCAGAUAGGGUGGAUUAGAUUCUCAACGACCCGAAGAAGGCGCAUAAGCGGUUCAAAUCAC